AUGCCUGGCCGUCUCCUUUCCAGUUUUGUUCGGCCCGCUGCUCUCCAUUCUCUAUCCUCACACUCGAAUUCCUCCUCAACCUCAUCCGUCAACGAGAUUCCUACCACUACUGUGGCUCCCAAGAAGCCCCACGCGCACACUGAUCGAGCGAGGUCUCCAGAGCGUCGCCUGUCCUUUAGCAUGGACCACCUGAUUCACCCUCACAGAGACCACAGCAAAGAGAAGAAGCGCAGUCAUGGAAGGUCAGCGCGCUCGAAGGAGCGUUACGGCAAGGAGGAUAUCACUGCCGCUGCCGCCAAGCUGGACGUCAUUGUCGAAUCUCCACCCCUCGUCUGCUACGGAACCCCUGCAAACUCGACAGGCGCUUUAUUUUCUGGACGUUUGAGGAUCACAGUCUCCGAGCAGGCCAACGCAGUCACCCUGGAUAAGUUCGAUAUGCAACUGCUCACCAAGAUUACUACCAAGAAGCCUGUGUCACGGGAAUGCCCCAGCUGCGCAGCACGGACGGAGGAAUUGACCAACUGGAACUUCCUCACUGAAUCGCUCACCCUCAAGCACGGAGAGCAUGAUUUCCCCUUCAGCUAUCUGUUCCCUGGUCACUUGCCUGCGUCCUGCAAUGGGUCGCUGGGUCAGGUUGAGUACUACCUUUCUGCGCGCGCUCACGACACCAACGGCGAGGAGUACAUCUACAGAAUGCCGUUGCACAUCAAGCGCGCCAUACUCCCGGGCAACGACAAGUCUUCCAUCCGCAUCUUCCCGCCGACAAACCUCACCGGCCGCAUCGUGCUUCCGUCUGUCGUUCAUCCCAUUGGCACUUUCCCAGUUCAAAUGACAUUGAGCGGUGUCGUCGAUAAGGGCGAAKAGACCCAAACCCGUUGGCGUUUGCGCAAAAUGAUGUGGCGCAUUGAAGAGCACCAGAAGAUUGUCUCAGCAGCCUGCCCCAAGCACGCUCACAAGAUCGGUGGCGAAGGGAAGGGUGUCCUGCACCAAGAGACUCGCAUUAUCGGACACAACGAAGAAAAGGACGGUUGGAAGACAGAUUUUGACACCGCUGGCGGCGAGAUCAACAUGGAGUUCGAAGCCAGCAUCAACCCUACCUGCAACCCAGUGUGUGACCUGGAGGUUCCCAAUGGCCUUGAGGUCAAGCACAACCUGGUGAUCGAGUUGAUCGUCGCUGAGGAGUUCUGCCCCAACCGCAACACACGCUCGAUCACACCUACUGGCGCCGCACGGGUGCUCCGUAUGCAGUUCCAUUUACACGUCACUGAAAGAAGCGGGCUUGGCAUCAGCUGGGAUGAAGAAAUGCCUCCUGUGUACGAGGACGUGCCAGCAAGCCCUCCUGGUUACACUAUGCUCGAUGGUAACAGCAUCAUGGAGGACUAUCGUGGAUCUCCUCUGUCCCUCCCAGACUAUGAAGAGCUGGAACGGAUGGAGCCUCUGCAUCUGGACAGCGACUCAGCUGGCUCGGUCCGCGGGCGGAGUCGACUUACCACCGACGACCUGACUGCAGAGCCAAUGGAAUCGGGAAGCCGAAGCCGCGGUCUAUCUGCCGAUCUCCGCUCAUCCGAACAUUGA